AAAUCAGAACUCACAAGAACAACACUAAACCUCCGCCACCGCCUCCGCCUCCGCCGCACAAGGCAGAAAACCACCGGGAAAGGAAUAAGGAAAUGCUGAUAUCAGUAUUCCUUGCUCUCUUCCUACCAUGUGCUGGCAUGAGCGCCGUCUUCCUCGUCUACAUUUGCUUGCUCUGCUACGCCGCUCGCCACUACCACCGGGAUGAUCCGGUAAAACCCGCCACCGAAAAUGGUCUCUCCUCCACCCAACUCGCCAAACUGCCGACAACCAUGGGGAAGGAUCUGGUGUUGGGAACGGAAUGCGCCGUGUGCUUGGAUGACGUCGAGCCGGAGCAGCUUGCUCGGAUGUUUCCCGGUUGCAACCAUGGGUUUCAUGUACAAUGCGCCGAUACUUGGCUCUCGAAGAACCCCGUUUGCCCUGUUUGCCGGAAUAAACUCGACGCCGAUUUCUUUGUUCCUCCUGAAGAAAACCCAUGUUGAAAAACUCGUAUUCAUAACUUUUCUAGAGAUUUUGUUAGGUAGUUAGUUCUAGAUUUGAUUCUCAACAUCCUCUGUUACAGCUUUAUUUUUUUAAUUUUUUUUUCUCUUCUUGAGAAUGUAAGAGUAGUGAUUAUGAUUAGUUGUUUCAUUGAUUAUAUUCUAAUUGAAGUUGAAGAGGAUUGUUGUUGAUUUUUGUAAAAA